AUGGGGCCUGAAAUAAUUGACGGAGAGGAAGAGUUGGAUGUGGUGGCACAGCGUUGCUUUUGUGGGAAGAUAGAUCGCAUACAAACUUCAUGGACUAAGGCCAACCCACUUCAAAGAUUCCAUGUUUGUUCAAAAUCAUCAGGGGUGCAUUUCGUCUGGAGAGGUCUAAUCCGGCAAAUGCCGCUUUUGCCGGGAUAG